GUCAUAGAUAAAAACAUAUUCUCUCGAGUUUCACAUGAUAUUGUAGUAAAUUCAUGACAAUAGUUUGCUGCUAACACUAUAAUGAAAUUAAUGUUUAUACUUUUAACUUCGUUUAUCUUUUUAAAUGUCAAUGCGUUUCGUAUAGUAAAAAAAGCCGAAAAUGUCACAGAUAUUACAAAAAGUGAAAUGGAAAUACCGAAAAAGGAUACAAAACCUAUUACCGAUGUUCCGAAAAUAGAAUUAACAUUGUCUAAGUUGAAAAGCAUCACAAAUUGUUUUGAUGACUGUAUAUGGUUUGACGGGUCUUACUGUGAUUACAGUAUAGGAUCUUGUGUCUGUCCUUUCAACACCAUUAAAUUUGGGACCAGCUGCUUAAACAGAGUUUUUUUCUUAGGUGCAUUUUGUAAGGUGUCAAAACAAUGUCAGACACUUAAUUCAUAUUGCUACUUAGGAAAAUGUGACUGUCUGCCCGGUUUUGAAAAUUAUGGCGUUACUUGUGAACGUAAAAAUUAUAAUGGAAGAAAGAAUUUCAAGCAAAUGGACAACAUCGUCAUUGCUGUAAUUGGCACGUUUGUUGGUUUUAUAGUUUUUGCUAUAAUUAUGUCAAUUACUUCUUACAUAAAAAAACGAUCUUCGCUAUCUUCUGUUCAAGUAAACGAAGUUAGUACUGUUCAAAUUCCACAUGAAUUCAGAAGAGGCCACAUACCACCCGAAUUUAGGACAGUUCAUCCUCCUGAAAAUUCUGGAUUUGAUGCAACUCCUCAAACACAAGUUAACGUCCGUGCAAAUAAUCCAAGAGAACCAAUUAUCUCAAAUUCAGACAAACCUCCUUCUUAUGAAGAUAUAAUGAGAUCGUCUAUUAAUAGUAGUACGUGCAAUUUAAUAACUCACGAAGAAUAUUCAUUUAACUUAACCGAAAUAGUGAAAGAUUCGGUUUCGGCACCUGAUUCGGUGCAAAAUCCGGUUUCGGUGAAACCUUAG